AUGCUCUUCCAGGAUGUUUCUGUAAUUUACUAUUCACCGUUACAGGUUAUUCACCACGAAGUAGCUGAAGACUCACUAAGUUUGGACACCGCAAUGCCCGGCAUCCUCCCUCUUCCCGCUCACUUCGCCCUGGCCGAGCAGUCCUUCUCUCUGAAAAAGCGCCGCCGUCCUUUCUCCUCUUCAUCCACGUCCAACUCCUCCUUCUCAUCCCCCGACUUCUUGUCGCACUCUCUGCCCCCGCUACCGCCGUCCAAGGAGUUCCCGUCGGUUAGCCGCGUCUUUGCCGAGAAAACGGCCCCAUGGACGCCUCUGUCUUGUUCUCUCAGAAAGUCGCCCCUUGCGGAAUCUGCUUACGACCCCAAAAAGCAGCAGUCGUAUUUUAGCCAGUGCUUCACAACGCUAGGCUUGCUGGGAAGGGGCUCUUUUGGUGAAGUCUACAAGGUUCAAAAUAACCAAGAUGGCCGCCUGUACGCAGUCAAACGCUCGCUCAACCGCUUCAGGGGCGACCGCGACCGGGACUGCAAGAUCAGGGAGGCUCGCAACCACGAGCGAGUCUGCCCGCACCCUCACAUCCUCAACUUGGUGUCUGCAUGGGAGGAGGCCGGUCGCUUGUACAUCCAGACAGAACUUUGUCACACCAGUUUGCUCCUCCACGCCGAGAGUCAAACUCCGGGGAAUGACGAGCACGCAGCGUGGUCUUACUUGUGCGACCUCCUGUCGGCACUGGACCACCUGCACUCUCGCCGUUUCGUUCACCUGGACGUGAAGCCCGCCAACGUGCUGGUCACCGACUCGGGGCGCCUCAAACUGGGUGACUUCGGGCUCCUGCUGGAGUUCGGAGAAAGCGAGUCAAAGAAGGUAAGAGAAGAUGACCUCGGGGGAGAUCCCAGGUACAUGGCUCCCGAGCUUUUUCGGGGCGAGUACGGACCCACCGCGGAUGUUUUCAGUUUGGGUGUUUCCAUUUUGGAGCUCGCGUGCAAUAUUGAGGUCCCCAACGGUGGAGAAGGCUGGCAGCAACUCAGACACGGGCGCCUCCCUGAGGUCGCCAAGGGGCUUUCAGCAGACCUUCAGAAAGUUCUUCAGAUGAUGCUGACUCCGGAGCCUCGCAAAAGGCCGACAGUACCGGAACUUCUCGCGCUUCCGUCAGUGCGCAAACGCAGGUGGAAGAGACGUGCUUACCUUUUGUUGGCGGAAACAAUUCUUACAUUGACCUUCUACUGCAAGAUGGUAUUCGGCUUCAGUCGGCGCCUUUUCUCUUCACUUUACCUGCCAGUCUUCCGGACCGAGCAGGCACCCUGCACGCCUCACAAAGACUGCUGGGAACGGGAGGCCACGCUGUCUCUCCGCGACACCUCAGAGGCGCUCGCCAUGGAGGACUCGCCGAGAUUCUCGCAAAGGAUAAACUCCGCAGUAAGUUUGAAAAUCACGUCCACUCCUCUCCAAAUUUCCCCGCCGUGCGGCAACCGGAGUCCCCACCUGGAUCCAUUUGACUGGUCGCCGUCUUACGAAGCCCGCGGACCCUCAAACGUCCACUCCAGUGACUCCUCGACACACAGCACCCCUACUCACACUGGACGCAUUAGACGUUCGUCGCGCCAAAAGCGCUCAGAUGACAGCUUGAACCAGUCCGGCUUCGGGCCUAAAAAUCUGCUGUGUCUGUUUGAGGACAGCGUCGGGGAGGGACAGUCUAUGGAGGACCCCAAACUGGACUGUUUGAAUGCCCGUGUGACCCAGCUGCUGAAUAAAGUGGUCCUGGAAGUUGUAGAGAUGGUGAAGGAGACUCUAAUUGAGACCGUGUCGGAGUAUCGUGAGAAAACUGCCAGUGCGCUGAAAGAAAAUGAGAAACUGAGAAGAAGUUUGCAAGAAAUACAAAACAUUUUGCACCUCAACGGUCUGUUUCCAGCUCAGGAAGACGUCUUGUUGCUUCAAAAUCCAAAUCCUGAACCCAUCGCGUGGCCAAACGACGCUUCCUUAUCACAAGCGGAACACACUCCGGACCAAACGUCGGUAGAACAAUGCGACGAGCAACCAGAAUACAAACAUGUGGAGGUUCUGACAGUCCAAAGCACUCCAGAAAAUGCACAAGAUUUUAAAAUCGAACCAAGUUGCUCACUAUCUGCUCCAGCAAUACAAGAACAUUACGAUUCAAGUCCUUCAACUUACCCCGACGGCGACAUCAACGGAGAAACGACCUCGACGCGAGCCACCAGGAAAGACUACAGCCACCCGUGCGUGGUGUGCGGGAAGACGUUCACCCGGGUGGGCUACCUGAAAAUCCACCUGCGCUGUCACACGGGAGAAAAGCCGUACGGCUGCUCGCAAUGCGGAAGGCGCUUCCGUCAGGGCAGCGAUUUGAAGAAACACAAAUUGGUGCACACGGGGGAGAAACCGUACUACUGCGACCAGUGCGGGAAGAGUUUUAACCGGGCGGAGAAUCUGAAAAGACACCGUAAAGUCCACGAUGGAAAGACUUGGCGGUGA